GAUCGCAUCAUGUUCCUUGGUGUGCCGUUGGCGCACACGAAUACACCAGACCUUGUCCUGGCACAUCCACUGCGUAAACUCACGAAUUCAUUUUUCGGCAUGAAGAAAAUUUUGGACAGGCCCACAACACCUCAUCGGGUGAAGGCUCUUCUUUUCGACAGUUACAUUUCAUCCAAAUGGGCAUGGUGUGCGGCGGUGGUCUGGCCAACCACCAGAUCGUUGAAGGCCCUGGAGGGAUUGAAGAAUUCGUUAUUGACAGAGCAGCGUGGCAGAGCAUGCUACCUCGGUGGCUGGCUCGAUGGAAUGUCCUGGAGAGCAAACAGCCGCAUGGGGCUCACCUUUUGGGCCACGCACGAAGUAGGCUCGUCGGUGGCAUGUGUGUAUUGCUUUCGCUCCAAGCAGAGGGCACAGGAUGCCUCCGUGAUGCAUGUCCGCGUGCAGGGGGGCGACAUGCAUGCAAGUGCAUUGUCGAUACUUCUGGUCGUUUGUGACCUCCUGGAAAUGCAGCAGCAGGUUGAACCAUUAACCCAGGCCGCGGUAGUCCUCCCCCGCCGCCACCUCCUGAAACACAUUCUUGAAGGAUCUAGGGACGGACAGGACGUGGACGCGGCCCGGUUCACCAGGCUGUGCUACGAGGUGGACCUCAUGAAGCGCCUCUCCCUCACGCCGAAGAAGUGGCCCGAGAGGGUGGUGACGAAGUUUGUCCAACACUGGUCGCCGGAGACAUCCUUCACAACGGUUUCCAUCCUGGACAACGUGCUGACCCCCCCACACUACGACAGCAAGAACUCGGAAGUCCCGGGGAUGCUCACCGUCAUCACGCAGGAGUUUGUUGGAGGUGAGUUGUGGUUGGCCCACGAGCGCGGGGACACCAAGAGCAUCCUGCAUGGCACCUGCGAAUGGCAGGGGGACCGAGUGGCACUGUCGGCCUACUCCACACCCAACGUGGAAGAGAACUUGGGGGGCGACAGGUUAGUCAAACUGGCGGCCUUGGGCUUUCGCCCUCCCUCAGCAGAGCUGGAGGAGCACUUCAAGUUCGAGAUCUGGGGGGCCACGACGGUGAGGCAGCUGCGGAUGCAUCCACGGCUGGUCUGGCCGGCUGGCCGACUGCUGAGAGGUCCCUCGAGGGAUAUUGACUUGGAUCCGGAAGCAAAUGAGGAGAUCGGCACCUGCCCCGACACGGUGCUGAUUGACUCAGACACAGACUCCGACAUCAUCAGCAUCUUUAUGGGUGGUGCAAGUCCGCAACCGGACCUGUGGGAUUGCAUCCUUUCAGAUCCCGAAACAUGCGAUUUUGACGUUUGA